UCUAGUGGCGCUUUCAAUCUCGAAGCUGAGAUCGCAUUUGGACCGUCCGAUAACCGGACCCGCAACACCCUCUCUGCUUCCCGGUCUUCUUCCGUUCUCCUCCCCACGGGUAGGGUUUCGUUAGAUCUGUCCGUCCGGAGCGGAAAUCCCAUUGGUUGCUAGCCCUCCUCGUCCGAUCUCCACCGUUGUCCAACUUCCGCCGUAGAUCGACGCAUCUCAGUCGGUAAUCUCUCCGCCCGCUACGGCAUCCGGGCUCCAAAGUUUGCAUCUUGGCGGCAGCCUUGAGAGGCGAUGAGGGGCAGAAGCACUGAAUCCUCUGGGACGAGGAGGUGGAGGCUCUCUCAUGCUCUCCUGGCAAUUGCAUUGAUCUACUUGGUCUUUAUUUCUUUUAAGUUCCACCAUUUUCUUGAGAUCGCCAAUGCAUUGAGCGGCGACGACAGCUUCUCCGGCCUCGACCGGCCAGUCAACGACCUUACCUCCCACCACCUCCACCUUGGCCAUACGACUCCUGUCUUGGUCCACCAUGAUACCUUCCACCGGAAACUGGAGGACAGCCGGAACCUCCCUCCUGCCCUUCAAAAGGAGCAGCCUUCCCUCAGAUUUGCACCGAUUAAGCCUUUCCGGCGCUGGUUCGGUCGUAAAUCUGGAGGUAACUUGACGCAGCUGGAGGCGAUGGUCGACGAGGCAUGGACGCUAGGCCAGAAGGCUUGGGAUGAUGUGGAGAGUUAUGACCCUGUGAACAACAAGGAUGAACUACCUGUCACAGGAGGAAAGCCUGAGUCUUGCCCUUCAUCGCAGGCGAAGAGUUCGGCUGAAAUGAGCUCUGAUGGGGAGCUCCGCCUGUUUCUUCCAUGUGGCCUCACCGCAGGCUCUUCGAUUACAGUUGUUGGCAAGCCUCAGGAGGCCCAUGAGGAGUAUGUGUCCCAGCUGGCAAGGAUGAGGCAUGGGAAUGGAACUGUCUGGGUCUCACAGUUCAUGGUUGAACUUCAGGGAUUGAGGGUGGUGGAUGGGGAGGACCCACCAAAGAUCCUGCAUUUGAAUCCAAGGCUCACAGGGGACUGGAGCAAGAGACCUAUUCUUGAGCUUAAUUCAUGUUACAGGAUGCAAUGGGGCACAGCAAUAAGGUGUGAUGGCUUGCCUUCAGGAGAUGAUGAUGACACAGUUGACGGGUUCAGAAAAUGUGAGAAAUGGGCUCGUAGCGAUAUGAUAGACACAAAAGAAUCUAAAACUACUUCAUGGCUGAGGAGGUUUAUAGGUCGCGCAAAGAAGCCAGAAAUGACAUGGUCUUUUCCAUUUGUGGAAGGAAGACUGUUUGUCUUAACAAUACAAGCUGGUGUUGAAGGUUAUCAUAUUUUUGUUGGAGGGCGACAUGUAGCUUCAUUUCCAUAUCGACCGGGAUUCACUCUUGAAGAUGCAACUGGAUUCGCAAUAAAAGGAGAUGUUGAUGUACACUCGGUGUAUGCCACUUCGCUUCCCACGUCUCAUCCCAGUAUUUCACUUGAUCGUGUCUUGGAAAUGUCAGAGAAUUGGAAGUCUCGUCCUUUGCCUGAAAGUCCAAUUGAUCUUUUUAUUGGAAUUAUUUCUGCUUCAAAUCAUUUUGCUGAGCGCAUGGCUAUUAGAAAAACAUGGAUGCAAUCUUCUCAAAUCAAGUCAUCUAUUGUGGUGGCUCGCUUCUUUGUUGCACUGAACCCAAGGAAGGAGGUAAAUGCUAUGCUAAAGAAAGAAGCAGAAUAUUUUGGAGAUAUUGUCAUUUUGCCAUUUAUGGAUCAUUAUGAGCUGGUGGUUCUCAAGACAAUUGCUAUUUGCAACUAUGGGGUUCAUAACUUAACCACUCCAUACAUUAUGAAGGGUGAUGAUGAUACUUUCAUACGGAUAGAUGUUGUGUUAAAGGAAAUAAAGCGGAUCUCUCAGAAAAGACCAUUGUAUAUGGGGAACCUUAAUCUCUUGCAUAGGCCUCUCAGAAGUGGAAAAUGGGCUGUUUCAUACGAGGAGUGGCCAGAGUACGUAUACCCGCCCUAUGCUAAUGGGCCUGGCUACAUAAUUUCGAGAGACAUCGCAAGGUUCAUUGGUUCCCUUUAUGCCAAUCAAAGCCUAAGGCUAUUCAAGAUGGAGGAUGUAAGUAUGGGCAUGUGGGUUGAACAGUUCAAUGCUUCUAUACCAGUACAAUACUCUCAUAGUUGGAAGUUCUGCCAGUAUGGAUGUAUGCUGAACUAUUACACUGCUCAUUAUCAAUCUCCUAGGCAAAUGCUUUGCCUUUGGGACAAACUGGCUGGGGGGCGAGCCCAAUGUUGCAACUUUAGAUGACAAGUUCAGUGGUACGUGUGCUUUGUUUCCCCCAUCCCCAUUUUGUUCUUUUUAUAUUGACAUUCACCAUGGUGAAAACAGCAUCUACCGGGGGAUUUUGUUAAAUGAGUGUAUAUGUUUUUCUUUUUCUUGCAACCAAUUUCUAUCAUCCACUAGUUUGUCAGGCAGCACGUAAAAUGAUAAGAUUGAAGGACACAAUUUUGAGGACUCUUUUUUGUUCCAAGUAAGAUGGAAGACAUUCUUUUUGGAUGUAUACUUGCUGUACCUUGAAACUUAUGUUGAUGCUAAAACAAAGAUUUCCUGCUUAUUUU